AUGAAACGUUCCUCUUCUCCCGGUUUGCCAUUAAGCCCUGAUAUUUUUGACCCCAAAGCCGAACCCACCGUGGAACCUGUUAGCCCUAGUAACAAGCCUAGAGCUGAGAACCCAAUCCAAGUUGCAGAGCGCACUCCGCCCAGUGCCUUCCAAAUACUCAUGUCUGGAAAGCGCACUCUUCCAUGGCUAGACUCACCCCCCGAAGGGUUCUUGGAAAGAGUCUCGCGCACUCAAAGUCAAAUGCAAGAUAUUCCGCAAAUCUUAUUUGAAGUUGUUGGGUCUACUGGCAAUAUCUACAAGACGGUCAUUGGCAAAGUCCCUACCUGUGACUGUCCAGAUGCCAGAUUUCGGAAGACGCAGUGCAAGCACAUCUGCUUUGUCCUAUCUGCGAUGGAUGUCCCCGAGCAACUGAUGUACCAGCGGUCAUUUUUGCCAUUCGAGCUACGCGCGAUGCUUGCUGUAUUGUCCUUGAAGCGGAACUUGGACACGACCACCCUUACUUCCGCCGGCGAAAGGAAGCCUGUCGAGGGCAAAUGUCCAAUCUGUUUCCAUGGUUUUGAGACAGAUCAGAAAACUACGUGGUGUCAGACAUGCGGCAGCAACUUCCAUAAGGCUUGUUUUAAGAAGUGGGAGGCCGCUAUGCGUACGUUCCACACUGUUUUCUGUUGUCUCUACUGCAAAGCCUCGUGGCAGACCGAGGAACGUGAAGCGCCCAAUCUCAGCAGAGAGGUCGUCCAAACCAAGGAUGAUGGUAACUGA